AUGAAAAGGCAAAUCUUGCCCUACGUAUUCCUUUGUUGUGGAAUCCCUCAGGUGGCUUCCCUUUCUCUGUCAGACACGAAACAUCCAGCACCAAGUGUUGCCAGAAAUCCCUCGCAAAUCAGACCGUUUUCGACGGAAGACUCUCCGGCGAGACGUCCAAGUCUCAGGGCUGAAAAACGUCGCCUCCAGCGGAAACAAACGACCUCGCUCAAUUCUUCCCAACAGCGCCGGAAAGAAUCGCUCAGAGUCGGCAACAAUCCACUCUUGUCACUUAAUCUCAAUCUGGACGCCCUGGCUCGUGCCCAGGCGGCGGAUCGGGCUCAGGAGCUUUACCAGCGCAUCGCUGCCCUCCACGAAGAAGGAUACUACGCCGUUGCGCCCGAUACGGUCAGUUUCAAUUCUGUUCUCAAAGCUUGGCAGAACGACGUGCACGGCGCCCUGAAGUUCUGGGAAUCCCAAUUUUCGCCACAGGGAACGCCUUUCGCGUCGCAAGGGACGUCCUCACACACAACAAUGCAACCGAACACACGAUCGUACAAUAUUUUGCUAUUGGCCUUGGCCAAGGCGGGACGGGCGGCCCACGCGGAAAUCGUGCUGCGCUACAUGCAGGAACCCGACCCGGUCUUCAUUCUUCCCGAUACCGUCACUUACAAUACCGUACUCCUGGCGUACGCCGUGACGGGUUGUCUUGCACUCGAAUCAGAUACCGCCGUACGGGCCGAAUGUUUGCUGCAGGAGAUGAUUAAUUAACGUACUUGGCCCCCGACGCGGUUUCAUAUAAUACAGUCAUUGCUGCUUGGGCUGCUGCCCAUCCCAACCGACACGGUGCGGAACAAGCGGAACGUUGGUUGCGACGCAUGACCAAUGAUGUCUCGAUCGCCAAAUCCACGACGAUAGAACCGGAUGUUUAUACGUAUACAACCGUAAUUCAAGCAUGGGCGCGUGUGGGGGACGUCUCCCGAGCACAAGCUCUGCUGGACGAAAUGCCCGUACGGGGACUACAUCCCAACCGCAUCACCUAUACUGCUUUGCUACAAGCAUACUGUGCCCAGGGUCAAGUAGAUCAAGCUGAACAAGUUCUAGAAAUCAUGAAAUUGAGUACUCACAUUGGUGCCUUGACGCGACCCGACAAUGUGGCGUAUUCCGUCUUGCUGGAUGGGUGGGCCACCGUGGCGGAUCGUCGACCAGAAGAAACCGUCACCGCCGUGACGCGCCUAUUGGAGGAGAUGCAGCACUCGUCGCGGUUGUCAUUGGAUUGGCCCG